GUGCUGGUCUGGCGAGCGAGUGCAGUGGUUUCAGGUGCUGGUUCGCGUAUCGUGUGUCGUCCGAGUUGCUGCUGGCACGUGGUGGCUUUCAGCGCGGUCACAAGUGAAAUAAAUGCCGUUCGGGCGCGCGCGUGUGUGUGUUCGCGUGUGUCGCGUGCUGGCUAGAAUUUCGCUGAAGAUUUACGUGAUUGUGUUACAAGUUAUAUGACGCGUUCUGCACAGAAGAUUCCAUCGAGUGUUCUGUUAUGAGUACGUUUCGUACCCGUGCGAAAACAGUCUUCUCCGUAUCAGUGCUGUUUAAUCUAGCGCACGAAGUUUUACCAGAUUUUUCGCGUGUCAGAUUGUAUUUUAACGUCACGUGGGAGAUACCCGAUGUCGCUAGUGACAUCGGCAGGCGUUUCCGUCACCUCUAUAGAGGUUCGAACACACGACUUCUUCCAUCAUUUCUACGAAGAGAUACCGCCUACACGUCACAGCCAUUAUUUCUUUUUUAAGUCGUAAGGGCGCUUCGUUUUCCCCAGGAUCUGUGUCCUGUACUUGCAUUCGUCAUCGCUCGCCCCCGUAUAAACGACUAUAGAAGCAGUAAGAAUCGAAGCGGGGAGUCGCGUUCUUUUGUUUUCGCUGUCCCCUGCCCUUCACCUACGCAGCGCGAGGGAGUCCCCAAACUGAGCAGUGAUCACGCACCUCCAGACAAUCGCAGAAUCAGCGGAAGAUCGAAGUAAGGACUUUGGCACCGCUGAGGAAGGGACGCAGUCAGUGGAGCAGCGCGUAUCGACCAGCGUCAACCGUGUGUGGCGGUGAGGUGGCCCGGCGACGCGAUCCAUGUCUCGGGCGUAGCAACACAUGUACAUCAGCAGGUUACCACAGCUUGCCGUCUCAGCGAAGUUGUUGUGUCUCCUAAUGGUGGUGAUCUGCGGAGCUGUGCCCUCCAUGGUUCGGUCCGUGCGUCUCUACAACGACUGCAGUAGCAGUGACGUGCGGGUGGACCUGAAGGGGCGCGUCCUGGCAGACGAUGACAAGUCGGACAAAUACCAAAAUCUCACUAUAAAGUCCCUGGACUUCAGUGUCAAGCUGACGAUAUUCGCGGAAGAAUCACGAAUGUACCUGUGCUUCAACAGAAAGUGGAAACUUGUCGGAUCGAAGAGGUUCAGAGGCGCGAUGUGCGAGUUCUACGAGGACAUGACGAACGGGUACAACAGGUACCGGUCGGCUGCGAACGAGUCGCGGUUUGUGGGCUUCAACCGCCGCGGGAAACCGCUCAAGAGCGGUCUGGCGCGGCACAAGGAGAAGUGCCUCAACUUCCUCAAAUUCGACACCGAGUUCAGCAUCAACCAUCACAACCAGAAGCUCGCCGGUGGCAACCACUCGGCCCAAGUUCCGGUGCACGCGCACCAGCAGCUCCUCAGCAGCAAGCGGAACAAACAUUCCCGGAAGAACUCGCCUCCCAGGCUCCGGCACCGGAACAGCAAGAAUAUUUCCUGACUUGAGAGCCAGUAGUGCGCAAGACAAUUUGAGUCAGUGUUGGGCUUGCGACGCUCCUCCUGAGGUGCGACAUCGCGGAUGGAGGGAGGCAGGCAGCGUGAGACAAGCUUCUUAGUAUGACGCCCCCGUUCUUUCAGAGGGCGUUCGUCGUGUUACCCUAGCAGCUGCUACGCGCCGAUGUUGUUGACCAAGCGCGGCGUCAAACAGGGAGACAGAACGUCAACUCUCCCUCUUUACCCAACGCGUUUGUAAUAUAAAAAGAAAAAGAGUAUUUUAAAUGUU